AUGGCUGCAAAGUCAACAGGCUUGAAGCCAGUCUGCACCUCGAGAGUCGAGUACUCGUCCUUGGCAGGUGUUCCAGUCCACUAUGCUGGAACUGGAAACGCAACUUUCUCUCUGGAGUCGAGUUACAUCCGCCUCGUGUGCCCAAACGCUACUAAGUUCCCCGCUUCGGAUAUUGCUAAGGGCACCGCAAACAGAACGGCCAAGGCCAACGUGACGACAGAUUACAUGACGGAGGAAUACCCUAAUGGAACAUGGCGAGGAUACGACUACCAACGAGGGUCCGGAGGCUACACCUCAACUCAAUGGGGAAUUGCUAUCGACAGGUUCGUUGACCUGUACUGGAUAACCCAUGGAAAGGAGGGACAGGGAUGGGACUGGGUGCCAGCAUAUCAGGAUGCUGGCAGCCUGGCUAUGUUCUCCAACGAAACCGGAAUCGACGCAGGUCCGACGAAAUUUCUGCUCCGAAUGGCUCUGGCGCAACCUCAAAUCACCAAGAAGAAUCGCGACAACCUAGAGAUCAGUUGCGACAUCACCCAGAAGUACGUUGAAUCUCGCGUCAGCUGCUCGUUUCUAGCGGGCCAGCGAUCUUGCCGAGUCAUCGAGCAGCGAUUGUCACAAAAGACCCAUGCGCCCGAGCAAAUCACCCAACUAUCUUUCCCUCGAUCGUUCGACUUCUUCGCCGGAGAGAUGCCCGUUGCCACAGGCCGAGAUAUGACUGGCUUCAUCGAUCCGACUUUGUACUAUCUCAAAGACCCGACCUACGAAAACAUCUCUUCUGGCACGGCAGUCUUGAUGGACGAGCUCGACACCUCGAAAGUCGGCGCACGCUUUGGACAGCUGCUUAACACGUAUCUGACCCUUAGCCAAGUUUCCAGCACGAUUGCCAACACCAGCGCCGAAGCGGAUGCCGUUUUCCAGCCCAACGUCACCUUCACCGGGGAAUCAUCGACCCUGCUGGAGACAUUCGUCAUCUCAAAGCUGUGGAUAUCACUUUGCUUGCUGUCUGCCGUCGUUCUUCUUGCGGGAGGCAUUCUCAGCGUCGUGUUCAUCCACUUGACCCACGGCCCUGAGAUUCUCGGCUACGUCUCUACGACGAUCCGGAACUCGAAGUACAUUGAUCUGCCGUCAAGUACAACUUGGCUGGAUGGCUCGGAACUGACCAAUGAGCUGAAGAAGUUGAGGAUAAGGUACGGGUUCAUUCGCGACGAGUCGCGGCAGCCGGUUAUGGCCGUCGGCCAUGAAGAGGAAACUGCUCGGAUCAAAGAUGUUCUAGCUAGGAAGUAG